AUGUUUAGGACGUUUGACAUGGAAGAUUCCUCACCCCCACCCAUCCCCAAACGACUUCACCCCUUUCAACCGCCACCCGCAACAACUGCACCACAAAAUAUUUUACAAAAUAACGACAUCAACAAUGGCAUCACCAUCAACAACAACAACACCAGCAGCAGCGGAACUAUUAAAUAUAAUUCCAACAACAUCAACAAAAUAAUAAACUGGGAUAUGCCCUCGCCAAGACCGCAACCAAAAUUGCCAGAAACCUUUCUGUCAACAAAAAAACCACCAAACUUGCCACCCGUGCUAUCACCAUUGCCACCAGAAACACCAACAUCAGCCACAACAACCUCCUCUUUGUUCAGAGAAUACUCAAACAAUUUUGAAGAUGAAAAUAACGUCUACAUGAUUCCAGAUGGGAACCCAAACGACCCUUACAACAACAAUAAUAACAACAACAACAACAAUAAAAAGAACAAAACCGUCAACUUUGACACAUACAACUGCGACACGAUUAAGUGUGAAAAUGUUGAAAGCGUCUACAAACUGCCGGACAUCGUUGACCGAUCCUCCUGGACCAACAACUAUCCCACCAACAGACCAAUGAAAACAGGCAAAAUAUUAAAUUACGACACUGAAGACGGGGAGCCAACAGCCAAACCCUACAUGGACCGCGCCCUCCCCCCAGUGCCGCCUGCCAACGAGCCCCCCGAACAAACCAGGAUCUCCAUCGACCAGUUACAAUCGACAUACAACACUGUAGAGGAUAACUACUUUUGGUUCAGGAGCGGUAUGGAGAGAGAGGAUUCGGAACUCUUGUUGGAAAAAUAUUUGGAGGAAACAGGAUCAUUUGUGGUGCGUCACAGAGGAUCGACUUCAAAACAAGAUCCCAGAAUCCCCUAUUCCCUAUCCUUGGUUCUCAACAGGAAAUGCUACCAUCUUCCCAUCAGGCUGGUUGAGGAUCACUUGCUCUGCAUUGGCAAGGCAGAUGCGGAUCAUAAGGCGUGUCGUACUAAAAUGGUGUGCACUCGCUGGAGUAAAUUAUUUUAUUUUGCGUUUGAUGUCCAUGUUCUAUUUUCGCGUCACAUCCAACUCCAGAGAUUUUCCACUCUCGGCGAGCUGGUGAACUUCUACACGAACAACGCUCUGACCGUGUGGAAUAAAGAGGGCUCCACAUCCAUCUUCAACAUAAAACUCGAUCAAAAAUAUUGGUUGCAGGGACACAAAGCUAUAUGUGUUGGUGGCCUGGGUUUGGGUUCCGUGGCUGAGCUGGCACCUUCUGCCUUUUUGGCUUCUGACGGUGGCCCUCCAGGAUCUGAUGUUGCCGAGGGAUGGGAUUUAUGUCGAUAA